AUGGCACGAAAUCGAAACUUUAGAAACCCUGUAUGGGCUGCCACGAUGCGUAAAUGGUAUGCUCGAGCUUGGUGGAUUGGUAUACAUGUAUACGGAUACGUUGUGCUUGGUUUAAAGGGUGUAUUGAGUCCUAAGGCGCUACCAAUUUCUCAAUCCGUGCUGUAUCUCGUCAUAGCCGUGACAACAAUUGGCUGCUAUGUGAUGCUGCAAUGUUUAUCACCUGGACAACUUGAUAAGCGUCUUUCACUUGCACCUGUUGCGACACCAUUGUCAAUCGAUCUCGGUAGUCCAUUACAAGUGCCACCAGAAGACGGUGUUGACACGGUAUUGCUAACAAACAGAACGGAGAAUGAACAUUCGAGGAAGAGUGCGGACUUGCACUUUUGCAACGAAUGUCACGUGUUCCAACCACUUCGGACAAAGCACUGUAAGGAAUGCGCUCGAUGUACGCGGCAGUAUGAUCACCAUUGCGAUUGUGUGGGAACGUGUGUCGGCGAAAACAAUCGUCGGCUAUUUGUCUUGUAUUUAUUUCUACAAAUUCUGGAGGGUAUUGUGACACUUGAAGUCACGUCGUCAGUUAUCUCAGAGGGCGAUGAUAUCAAUGAUUGGUUCAAGAUUAAUGCAUUGUAUAUUGUGCUAUGGUUUAUAACCAUGUGCGUACUGCUCAUUGUCGUCCCGCUGUUUUGCUAUCAGGUGUUUCUUAUCUCGACAAAUCUAACCUCAUGGGAACAUGCUCGACGUUCAUCCAUCACGUACUUACAAAACUUACCAGAUAGACGUUCUCCAUUUGACCGAGGGAUAAUUCAAAAUUGGUGGGUGUUCAUUUUGAACGGGGAUCGAAAUAAAUGGGUCCAUGAAGAAAAUGUAGCCAAACCAAUGACAUUGCACCAUGACGACGCUUCGACACUUGUAUGA